AUGGCCGACUUGGACUUGGAUCUCCCGGGUACUGAGAGACUCAUCUCUGAUAGCGAGAUCACUCUCAUUCCUACACCAACCAAUUCCCCCGAUGACCCACUGAACUGGAGUGCUCUACGUCGGUAUUGGAACGCUUCAAUAGUCUUGUUUAUCGUUGCAUUUACCGCUGCCACCUCAAACGAUGCUGGAACCGCUGGAAAUGGCAUGACCGUCGAGCUUAACAUCAGCUGGGACAAUAUUAACGUCGCUGCCGGUGUCUUAUUCGUCGGAAUAGGUUAUUGCACUUUGUUGAUGAGUCCUGCGCCUUUCUUGUAUGGUCGUCGAAGUAGUUAUCUCAUAUGCCUGCUCUUCUCCAUCGGCGGCUCGAUCUGGUUUGCCCGCAUCAGGACUGUCCAGGAUAAUAUCUGGAAUCAGCUUUUCGUCGGCGCCUCUGAGUCCUGUGCUGAAGCUGUCGCUCAACAGUCGCUAAGCGAUGUCUUCUUUCAACAUAACCGCGGUUUCGUUCUAGGUGUGUAUAUCCUCGCUACCAGUGUGGGCACCUUUUGUGGCCCGUUGGUUGCCAGCUUCAUCACUGAUAGCGAUGUCCUGGGUUGGAGAUGGAACGGCUGGUUGGCUGCCAUCAUCUCGGGUGCCCUGAUCGUCAUAGUGUACUUCGGAAUGGAGGAGACUUACUUUGAUCGACACGCCGUCAUCUCAGGAGUCCCCGGCGAUGUGUCUCCCUCCGGUGCCCGCGCCGGUUCCAUGAACGAGAAGAUUGGGACUGAGGUGAAGUUGCCAUCCACCAUAUCUGCGCGAGGCGCCGAUGUAGAGUCCGGCGUGCCAAAACGCAAGUCGUAUUGGCAACGCAUUGCUCUGAUCACUCCCUCCCCGACAUUGGUUGGAACAGGCUUCAAGCAGUACUGUGCCCGUCUGUGGUACACCCUCCGCAUCUUCGGCUUCCCCGCUGUGCUCUACUCCGGCCUGCAGUGGGGUGCUCAAGAUGCCUGGUUGACCUUCUAUCUCACCGUCGAGGAGGACAAUUGGUACGACGCACCCUGGAACUACAGCGAUGCCGCCGUGGGCGUUAUGAACGUCCCGACUCUUAUUGGUGCAGUCAUCGGUUGUAUCUACGGUGGUUGGUUCUCCGACUGGUUCGUCAAGUGGAUGGCCCGGCGCAAAGGCGGCAUCAUGGAGGCCGAGGACCGUCUGUGGUUGAUGUUCCCCGUCGCAUUCAUCGGCCCCGCCGGUAUGAUGAUGUUCGGCAUCGGCUCUAACAACGGUAUGUCAUGGCCAGUGCCGUACGUGGGAUUGGGUUUCAUCGGGUUCGGAUGGGGCUGCGCAGGCGAUCUCAGCAUGGCGUAUCUCAUGGACGCAUAUCCAGAGAUGGUCCUAGAGGGAAUGGUCGGAGUCUCUGUCAUCAACAACACUAUCGGAUGCAUCUUCACCUUCUCCGCUGGAUACUGGAUGGAUGCACAGACUCUGACACAGGUAUUUGUGGCCAUUGGUUGUUUGAGCUUCGGGUUUAUCAUGACCACUGCUCCGAUGAUCUACUGGGGCAAGAAGUGUCGCCGCAUGACUCGCAAGCGUUAUGAGGAAUUCCUUCGUCUUCGAGAUGGAUGUUAG